AUGAUAAGAAACUCUUAUCAAUUGGCAGUUUCACAUGGAAAGUUUCCACAUGUUAAAGAUCCUAUUAAUAGUAUCAAAUUGAUUAAUAAUAAGCCAUCAUUUAUAAAUCAAAUACGUUAUGCCUCUGGAAUAUCGAAAGAAGAAGAAACAUUUGCAAGGAUUCAAGAGAAACGAGAAAAGGCAUUAUUAGGUGGUGGCUUAGAUAGGAUUGAAAAUCAACAUAAACAUCACAAAUUAACAGCUAGAGAACGCAUAAAUUUACUCUUGGAUCCUGGUACCUUUAGUGAAUAUGAUACAUUUGUUGAACAUGAUUGUACAGAUUUUGGAAUGGAAAAGAAUAAAGUGAUUGGUGAUGGUGUUGUAACUGGACAUGGAACCAUAAAUGGUCGUCAAGUUUUUGUUUUUUCUCAAGAUUUCACAGCAUUUGGUGGCAGUUUGUCAAAAAUGCAUGCUCAAAAAAUUUGUAAAAUUAUGGACAAAGCUGUUUUAGUAGGUGCACCAAUCAUUGGAUUGAAUGAUUCUGGUGGUGCACGUAUUCAAGAAGGUGUUGAUUCACUUGCUGGCUAUGCUGAAAUUUUUCAAAGAAAUGUUCUUUCAUCUGGUGUUGUGCCUCAAAUAUCUUUAAUAAUGGGUCCAUGUGCAGGUGGAGCUGUAUAUUCACCUGCCCUUACUGAUUUCACGUUCAUGGUACGUGAUACUUCAUAUUUAUUUGUUACCGGACCUGAUGUUGUCAAAGCUGUUACCAAUGAAGAUGUUACAAGAGAAGAACUUGGUGGAGCAAAGGUACAUACAGCAACAUCAGGUGUUGCACAUGAUGCAUUUGAUAAUGAUAUUGAAGCUUUACAAAGGAUUCGAGAUUUUUUUGAUUACCUACCACUUUCAAAUCGUGAACAAGCACCAACCAGAUAUACUGAUGACUCAGCACAUCGAGAAGAUCUAUCACUUAAUCAUAUAAUUCCAGUUGACUCUUCAAAAGCAUAUGAUGUGAGAGAUGUUAUCACACGUAUUGUAGAUGAUGAGAUUUUUUUUGAAAUUAUGCCAAAUUAUGCCAAGAAUAUUGUGGUAGGAUUUGCUAGAAUGAAUGGUCAGACAGUUUCAAUAGUUGGUAAUCAACCAUUGGUUUCAUCAGGAGUUCUCGAUAUCAAUUCAUCAGUUAAAGGUGCAAGAUUUGUAAGGUUUUGUGAUGCUUUCAAUAUCCCAAUCAUCACACUUGUUGACGUUCCUGGUUUUCUUCCUGGAACAGCACAAGAGCAUAAUGGUAUUAUUAGGCAUGGAGCUAAAUUACUUUAUGCUUAUGCUGAGGCUACAGUUCCUAAAAUUACAAUUAUUACUAGAAAAGCAUAUGGAGGUGCUUAUGAUGUUAUGUCUAGUAAGCAUCUUCGUGGAGACAUGAAUUAUGCAUGGCCAACUGGUGAAAUUGCAGUCAUGGGAGCAAAGGGGGCAGUAGAAAUCAUUUUUCGUAACGAGAAAGAUAAAACUCAUGCUGAAAAGGAAUAUAUCGGUAUGUAA